CCUUCUCUUGACGGCUCCACAGCCACAGCGGUCCCUAAGGAAUCGUUCGACGUUUCUGUGCCGGUGAAUGACUAGACCUGUUCAAAAAGACCGUCUACGCUCGUAGCGAAGAAAACCCUUGUCCGCCGGGACUAUUCACCCUAGCCGUGCCAGCGAUCCGAAUAAAUUGGACAGAACCGUCGCUGCCAGCACACUCCGACUCUUUCUGCCCACAGCCCGCAGCUUCUCACCAGGACUAGAGACGACCUAGUCCCACCACACGCCGUAUUCAUGGCGAGAAACCAGGAUGUCUGUACGUCGCAGCUAUGUCCUCCGUUUUGAAGAUGAGAAAUAUGCUGACGAAAUGUUGCGCGCAGUCAUUCAGACGGGCCUCCGCGACCUCGCGCCUGCAGAUCCGCGUCCAGAAGACGUCGAUUGCUCGAUAUGUCUUGACGAGCUCGACCUAGCAAUCAUUGGAGAGGAGAGAGUCGUCCAAAUUCGAAGCUGCAGCCAUGCCUUUCAUCGGAGCUGUCUUCUCUCUUGGCUCAACUCCAUAAACACGAAGCACAGCAGCUGUCCGAAUUGUCGCGUCGAGCUCUUUCCGACGCGCCACCUAGAGCUUACGCAACGCGGACGGAUGGCGCAAGUGCCAGGCGAUAUACUCGGCGGUCGUUUUCAUCAACUUGCGGGCUUUCGGCCGCAGAUUCGCGAAGAGCCGAGGACAGAGAUUGGACUCCCACUCCGGACUUUCUUUGAGGAUGUUCCACCGCUCCCUCGUGCACCCCGUCCGCUCCGCGAUGACGAAUAUGUUGAGCGGGCAGUGAGGACGAUAGCCGGCACUGACCCUCUCCCGGCGUGUCUCGCUCCAGACCCGAGCACUGGCGCAUACGUGACGAUAGAGCAUCGCCGACGCUUGCAGCUCCGAACGGAAAUACAGGCUCUUUCCCGCAAUGUCUCGGACCAAGAAUUGGAGACUCUCGUCAACGCUCGUUGGCAAAUGCGCACACCCUUCUUGCGGGACUUGGAGCGGCUGGAGGCUUUCCGUAGGACAUUAGGUCCUAUUGCAGACCAGGAGAGACAAGAUCCGGCACGCUCCGAGGACCUAGGAGAUUUAUUGCAGGCGUACGUCGACUAUGGCUUCCUUCUCGUCGCGCUUACGCCUGCGGGGUCUGGACCGAGCUCUACCGGGGGGUCACUGUUUCUCAACGCUGCUUUUUCCGAACUAGCUGGAGAAGCUCGCUUGUUUUCUCUCUUCCAUGCGGAAGACGAACAGCGACACCGGAGGUCUGCAGAGCAGGUGGCCUGCAUGUUUAUGUCGGCGCAGGAGAGCGUCACCCGGGAGGUGGAACGAGGAAUGCGGGAUCGAAGGCUUGCGCACUUCGUUGGACAUGGCGUGUUUCGGCAAUAUGUGAGCGAAGGGGGCAGCUAUGUGCAAGAUCGAUCCCCAUCCGCACGUCGUCAUAACCCCCAGCUAGCUCCUCAAGGGCCGCUCGUUGGUGCUUCCGGGCAACAGCUUCAAGCCAACUACAACCGAAACAUUGCUGAAUUCACAAGGUGGUCGGCUGCGCACAGCUCGAUUGCUUUGUUAUCCGCUCGUUCAGGAACGGCCAGCUCCCCAGGGACUUCCCCGCCUAUACAGCCGUCUCUUUCUGGCGUUUCGAGGGCGAACCAAGUGGAAUAUGAUGGAAAUGGCGGGGACACUUUCAAUCAGUCGGCUGAGCAUCGCUCGGGAUUCAUACAAUCAACUAUGCCAGGACUACACAUAGGGCAGACCCUUCGACCGAUUCAAGCGCCUCUUCGAAGCGUCCCUCCUCAGCAACAGCAGACUGGCAAUGGCAGGAAUGGCGCAAACUCUUCGUGGCUGUCUAGCGAAGUUGAUGGAAGACCAGCCGGGGAGAAUAGUGGGUCUGCACCUGCCAACAAUUGGCUGGAAUCGUUGCUCCAUGGCUCUGUUGCUCUUUCUAAUAUCUCAAGGGGGCCUGAUUGGCCGCGUAGACCCAUCGUGAGCAGAUCGCUGAGCGCUGCACGGCCCGCUCCGUCGCUCGACCCGCCCCGAAACGAAACCCCUGGGGAUGGCGUUGACGAUUUCCCCUCGUUGGUUCGACACGAUGCAAGAACGCCUCUCCAGAACAACGGGCCAUCGCCUUCUGUUGUUGGGCCUAACCAGUCCUCGCAUGCUAGUAGAGUGCCGGAUACCCCACUGCAGGCUCGAGUCGAAAAUCCUGCGACCCCUGGAGGGUGGGACAUGCGGCGGUCGCCAUACCGCUCGCCGAUGCACGAAGCAAUGAGUCUGGGCGUCAGUCAUUUCGAUGGCAUGCCGCGCGGUCAUAAUGCGGACAGGCUGCUGGACCCGGAGUAUGUGCGCUUUCGGCGAGCGCAGCGGAACAAUUCCCCUUAUGACAGUGCUGGUGCCAUCGCAGCCGCAGGGCUCUACAAUAACCCGGCCCGGAGGGAUCCGCCUGGAACGGAUGGUUCUCCUCUUGUUGGGCGUACGGCUGCUGCUGCUCAUUGGGGCCGCAUUUCCCCAACAACUACCUCUUCUUCGCAUUCUUACUUUCCUAGCAGCACCUCCGCCCUCCACAGUGGACCACUGUAUCGACCAUCCCGCCCUCUGCGCCCCGAGGAGAGGACAGGCACACCUGGACCAAAUGCGCGUGGUCCAGGCCCUAACGCUGAGUCGGAUCCGGAUUCCAGGGACCAGUCGAGAUGGGAUCAUAGAUCAUGUGCCAGGGAGGGAGGGCGGCAGAUGGGGGAGAGGGGGUCUGCACAUGACUAGAGGUGGUGGGCCCGGGCUGUGGCUAGCAGCGGUGAACGCAGGGAGCGGCGGUUUGUUCUACACGACAGCAUAAUGCCAUCUAGCGCUUUGAUUGUUCCGGGCGGGCUGGCGGGUCGAGAAUGUGAAUGUUGAAGCGUGCAAC